GUGGGUCUCGAGGUCUCGCCGCUCGGUUGCGCACGUGAACGGGGUGAUGGAUCGUGAAUGAUCUCUGUGCAGGCGGAAAGGGAAGAGGAGGAGGUGGAGAGAGCGAAGGAAGAGGAAAAGAGGGCGAAGGAGGAGAAAAAGAGAGCGGAGGAAGGCAAAGAGGACGAAAAGGGAGCGGAGCGGAGGGCAUCCCUCCUGGAGACGCUGUCCUUCCCGGGCCCCGAGGAGUCGCCCAUCGUGUCGCACAGGACGCGCUUGCAGCAUUCAUGCUACAACUACACCCCCGCAUGGCUCAUCCAGGAGGAGGACGCGGUGAUAUCCAGUCCCCGGUCCUCGAUGGUGUACCAGCGGCAGGCGACGGCGGAGACAUCCGAGGAGGGGGACGCGAGCGGGGAGAUCGAGGGCGACAUCCUCCUGCCCCCGUCCCCGCCGCACUGCCAGGUCAUGGUCGAUGGGUGGCCGAGUUACCACAAGGAGCCCCAGACCCAGCUGGAUGCAUCGCAGCGUCACCUGGCGAAGAAGAUUCGAAGGUUGAAGCGCCAUCUGAACGAGGAGGAGGAAGCCUUCAAGGCGGCUCGCGGUUACCGACCGUCCAAGGCGGACAUGAUGUCGCACGAGACCAUGAGCCCUCUCCUGCAUCAAAUCAAGGAGGCCAAGAUGGAGAUGAAACGCAUGAAGGAGGAGCGAGACAACGGACGUUCGACGAGCAGGCGGCCGCACAUCCUCCAGACCAUCAUCAACAUCGAGAAGCGCCUGGAGGAGCUGCGAGGGGAGGCAGGGAGACCCGAGUCGCUGACGGCCAUGACGCCGGACGAGGUGUCUGGGGAGAAGCUGGACGUGCAGCGGGCCCUCGUCUACCUCGAGUCCCUGCACGGGAAGCCCAAUACCAGGGAGGACAAAGCGAUGGUCCAGCACAUAUAUCAACGUUACCGUCUCCUCAAGCGCCUGGUGGCUCGCUCUGUGACAACCAUGGGAAUGAGCAAUUCCCUCUCCACCUCGGCCCGUAGUGGAGGUUCAUCGACGCUAUGUGAGAUCCCCGAGCACAGAGUACUCGAGCUGCCGGAAUUCUCACCGUCUCCCUCUGGCCGAGGCGAAGACUCCUCACCGUCACCACCUCAACAGGAUCCUGAUGGUGAUCCUGGUCUUGAGGUGGAGCAGUUGCAAGAGAAAUAUACUGUCUCCACACUGAAGGAGUUGGUUCAGAAGCAGCGUCUGCUCCUGGAGCACCGGAAGGAGCUGAAGCGGGAGAUCCGCCUGUUCGAGGAGCAGUUCGAGGUCGAGUACGGACGCAUGCCCCGCACCGACGAGGACCGGGCUCCCCUCGCGCAGACCUAUCGUCUCUACAAGAGCAUCAAGGCGAAGCUCCGUCUCGUCGAUGCCCUCAGACACAAGGCUGCUUCUUGCGAAUGAAUGCUCGAAUGCCCUCGGCCAACUCUCUCUGUGCCAUGUCAUAGUUUUUUAGCUUUCUUUUUAUUACCUGUUUGACAUGGAUUAGAGCCUCUGUAGACAAUCAAAGACUUUCAUCCAGGACUUCACUCUAUGAACUGAUUGGUACAUGUUUACAGUGCUCUGGGGAAGUUUGCUGAUUAUUUUUGUUGUUCGGUCUUCUCCCGGAAUCACUGACAGAAUUCGGUUACGAGUUUUUAUAAGAUGUUUCUAGAAGCUUGUGUGAAGUCUUUGAUGGUAUACACUGGCUAUUAGAGGGAUUCAGCAAAUCUUAAAUGUUUCUAAAAGCCUAUUCGUGUUUGUUCAAAGUACGAUCCCCCCCUCUCAGGUUCGGUCGAUGUUCGGUUGCCUAUUCAGGAUUUCGAGGCACUUCGUGUUUGCAUCGAUGUGAAAUUUGAGGAUUGAAAUUGGGAUUUUUUUAUUGGCACUGCAGAAGUUUUGUUCUUCCCCAUCAAAUGAAAGUAUUUUGGCAUCACUGUUGUAGAAGAUCUUAUUUUUAGGGGCGAAGUUUACUUUUGGAACGGACGACAUGGAUUCGCGGUGAUAUUUUUGGGAUACUCGGAGCUUUAGUAGGAUCUUGGAGGGCCACUCCGGUCGUUUCUCUCGGGCUCGUGUUCGGGAUUCUUUUGGGAGGAGGAGGAGGUAAUUCGGGAUUCUUAGGGACCUGCAGGGAACUCGUCUGGUGUGAUAAUCGGAGAAAUGCUGCAGUGUUGUUUCUUUUUCUGUCCCUGUCACGCAUGGAGGUAUUUAUCAUCUCUGUCAUGAGCACCAGCUAAUAACUUGUUUGGCUUUUUUAGGCUCCCUCUCACAGAUCAUUCCCUCUGAAUAAAGAACUUGAUAAAAGAAA